UUGCUAAAUCCCCCCCUUAAUAAGACUGUGGCAGGCCAGAGAUUCUUAAAGGAACCGCUGCAGGCCUGACACUCAUCUUUUUCACUGAAGUUGCCAGGAAUCGAACCUGAACUUUUCAACAUUCACAAGGCAUAUUACACUCUAAAUGCCCUCAUUCUUCUUGUCCCAGUUGUCACAGCUUUGGUCUGGCCAUAAUGGCCGUCGUCUCUACUGCCGGUCAGGAGGCUUUCUUUGCAUCAAGCAAGGAAAUUGUCGUUUCCUUACGAUCGACAAAGAGUCCUUCCUAUCUUCACCACCCCUUCACGGUGGCUUUGGCCCCAUAGGGCCUCCUGGCAAGCAGAUAUCGGCUGGGUUUCACAGAGCCCUGGUAGCCAUGUCUAUCCCACUGUGAAGCCAACUGAUCAAUCAGUAAAUGUCCUCAUUCUUAAUCCUACCAAUAUACCAAUUGCUUUGUGGAAUUGCUUUGUGUCAAUCUGAGCACAGCAACAGGAAUGAAAAAUAUAUAAGGGAUUCAUCUCUAUCAGUGAACCUAUUUGUAACAUGAAGCCCAUUUAUAGAUUUUUGGCAAACCCUAUAGAAGCACGAUUACUAGUAUGGUUGAUUUGUUCUUUGUUAGAUCUCUACCUCAAGACCUGAAAUCAUUGGGAGUUGGACUCAUGAUGCUUGCGAUAAGAUCAUUGGGUGGAAUUCUAGCCCCAGUUUAUUUUGGUGCAGUGAUUGACAUGACUUGCUUGAAGUGGGGCAGUAACCCUUGUGGCCAAAAAGGAUCCUGUAGGAUAUAUGAUGCAGUACAAUACAGGUAUUCCUUCUACGGUCUAAUAGCUGCCUUGAGAGUGCCGUCUUAUCUGCUGGGUUUCCUCUUCUACCUGCUUACGAAGAAAAGCCUUAGAGAGCAAGAGGCCAAGGAGGCUGAAAACGAAUGCAAAGAAGAGGCCCUUCUGAAUGAAGAGAUAAAACUAACGGGCACCGAACUUUCAGCACGUCGUUCAGAUGCAGACAUGAAUACCUGCCUCUAGCCAAGCGAACGGAGCACAGACCAAGGGUAGAGGACAAAGGACUGUAAGAACCUGCCAAAAGGUUCCUUGCAACUCUUAGAACCACCGCUGGCUGUAGCCGCUGAAAAAUGGCGGCAUUGCUUCCCAGUCACUUUCAAGAAGGAGAGUUGCCCCAUUAAGGCUAAUCAGUAUUCCUUCCGUAGUCCAAGUCCCCCCCCCCCAAAAAAAAAGUAUUUGUUUCUCCUGCCCUUUUACAAAGCGGAACUUUGAAAGGCAAAGAAGCCCCCGUUUUGUGCGGUCUUAUGAAAAAAGAAAUUAUGACACCUGGAUCAUUGGUUGCACUAAAGUACUGGUAAUAUUGAAUUCUGGAACGGAUACAAAAGAUACUUUGUACCCUCAGUUUGAAACCUUUCUGCUUCGAUUUUGCAGUCCCUCUCUCCAAAAAUAAAUAAAUA